AUGAUUUGGAGGGUUACAUUGUUGUUUUUCCUCUCCAUAUCCACAACAGGCGGGCUUGUGGUUCAAACAAGAGAAGAACCAGGUUCAGAUCCAACAUCAGUUAUUCAUGGCGAACAAAGCUAUACCACUAGCCCCUUAGCCUCUGAUGGCACGAUAUCUACACCAUCAACCGACAAGACAAGCUCCUCAUCCGAUGCCGUUCCCUCGCCUGGCACGCAACAUUAUGAUAGUGGACCCUUGGUUUAUCUAGAAGUCAUACCUAAACCACCUGAUGUCCUUGGCAUCGGAAAUGUGAGCGGGUUCUAUGGACCAGGAAGUUGGGCAGGGUGGUUCCUCUCAAUCGUGGCAUCGUGGUGGCGACUCAUUCGAGUCUCAGAAGAGAUAUUUGAUCCAAAUACAUGGCUAUUUCUGCUAGGCACCAACUGGGCUGCGGUUGGCCUUUUUCGUGGAGUCCGCAUAGCUCAAAGUAUCCCAAGCGACUCCUUGACCUACGCUGCAGAUUUGGACAGCCUGAAAGGUUCCAUCGGGGCAGCGUUUAAUGUCACAUUUUGGGGAACAUUCCAUGGCUCCGUGCAAUAUUUCCUUACAAUGAUGUUAUUUGACAACCCAAAGACCCAACGCCAUCGGUUGUGGACACUCCUCCUCGGAAUGCUGCUGCCUUCUCUCGCGCUCAUGCACUCAGUUGCUCUUAUCAGAACAAUGAACGUGCCUGCACUAUAUUGGUAUGGAAUGCACAGUGGUGCUUAUGACCUUAAUUUGGCUGUCGCCACGGGCACUCCAUAUUAUAUCAUGCCAUUCUCUUGUGGUCACUGGACUGCUGAGACGAGCAUGGAACAGACUGUUGAGACCUGUAUUUAG